AUGCUCACACUUUCAGAAUCUCAGAAUCUCAGAAUCUCAGAAUCUCAGAAUCUCAGAACCUCAGAACUUCAGAAUCUCAGAAUCUCAGAAUCGCAGAAUCUCAGAAUCUCAGAAUCUCAGAAUCUCAGAAUCCCAGAAUCUCAGAAUCUCAGAAUAUCAGAAUCUCAGAAUCUCAGAAUCUCAGAAUCUCAGAAUCUCAGAAUCUUAGAAUCUCAGAAUCUCAGAAUCUUAGAACUCAGAAUCCUUUUCAGACCUCCCAAACUUUCAGAAUCUCAGAAUCUCAGAAUCUCAGAAUUUCAGAAUCUCAGAAUCUCAGAAUCUCAGAAUCUCAGAAUCUCAGAAUCUCAGAAUCUCAGAAUCUCAGAAUCUCAGAAUCUCAGAACCUCAGAAUCUCAGAAUCUCAGAAUCUCAGAAUCUCAGAAUCUCAGAAUCUCAGAAUCUCAGAAUCUCAGAAUCUCAGAAUCUCAGAAUCUCAGAAUCUCAGAAUCUCAGAAUCUCAGAAUCUCAGAAUCUCAGAAUCUCAGAAUCUCAGAAUCUCAGAAUCUCAGAAUCUCAGAAUCUCAGAAUCUCAGAAUCUUAGAAUCUCAGAAUCUUAGAAUCUCAGAAUCUUAG